UGCAUCUUUUACCGCAAAUAAAUUAUCAUGGCCCUUCGUGUACAGGUUAAUUUGCAACAACUUAUUAUUAAGUCACCUCGAAUGAUAAUUGUUCCUUUUCUCAUUGUCCAGUUGUACUUUGGGCUACUUCAUAAAAAUCUACUGUUCCGCCUUCAUCCCAGAACCGAUAUCCCUCUCGACACAUCCAGGCAAUAUAACCCGCCAGGGUAACCGAACCGACCUUUCGGUUACCGACAUCGUCACAAAAGAGGCCGCUUUCUUACUCAUCGACUCAUUUGGCCUCGUCACCCAUAUUCUCGUCGCUAUCCAGACCGCGAAAUUUCUCGAGAUUGCCGCCCUCCUAGAAAAAUAUGUCAUCUCUCAUCCCCCCACCAAAGUCAAGCUGUUCAAUUCCUGGACAAAUGGAGAGUUAAUACAUAACUUAUUCUUCCUCACAUACAUGACCGUCUGGGCUUAUUCGACCUACUCUGAACUGAAGGACAGAGUAGUUUUCCUCUCGCUUUAUUUAAUUGGUGGAUAUCACCCCCCGGUUUGGGGGUAUACGAUCCUUUACUUUGUCACAUUUAGCAUUUUGCAAUACAGCGUAUGGUUCUUGCACAUGCAAAUAUUCUUUCCCGCCAGUCUUAUCGAGGCAUGUUUGGCUCAAAUGGUCACAGAAAUUAAGGAGAGAUCCAAAGAUACUGCAAUUUUCGAGGGAGAAUUCAUUACGUCGAAAUCAAAAAUCAAAUCGAUUUCGUGGACCGUUAUGAAUCGUCCUAACCUUAGUUACGGUUCUGACCACGUGUUUUGGACAUCUCUAAGUGCCCGGUAUAUUCAAAUUGAGAACAUUGUAGCAGCCUUUCAGACCUUCUCCGGUCCUUAUGUAAUAAUUUCGCUAUUAUUUUCUGUUGCCUCGAGUAUUUGCGUGAUUUAUGUCGGAACCAUGUCGGAGCUGGUCUGGUCGAGUUCGAUCCUUUCUCGCUGCAUGAUAGAGGGCACCGUUGCCACGGCGUCAUAUCGAGUUUCAGCCAUCACAAAUGUGGGCGAAAUGUUGAAGGAAAAAUAUGCCAAGGUGCGGAAAGAGGUGGCCAUUUCGAGACAUAAUUUUCAAGAAAGGGCGACACAUUUCAAUAACGAUGAGCAAGAAGAGUUCGAAAAUUUCGCCCGACUGGUGGACUCGCUACCGUUAAAGUUAAGCGCGGCCGGUUAUUUUAACGUGAGCAGGAAAAAUGUCACUUCGAUUAUAAGCGUUAUUAUCACGUACUUCAUUGUAUUGCAACAAUUUAAAAUGUCAGAGAAAUAA